AUGUCGAAGUCCAAAAAAGCGGCAUUAUUCAUUUGUUUGGGUAACAUUUGCCGAUCUCCAAUAGCAGAAGCAGUGUUUUUGCACACUAUUGAAGAAAUGGGAAAAUUGAAUGAGUGGGAAGUGGACAGUGCAGCUCUUGGAUCGUGGCACGUUGGCGGAAGACCUGACAGACGUGCUAGCAAAAUAUUGCAAAAUAAUGGUAUUGAUUAUUCCCACAGAGUACGUCAGAUUACGAAAGACGACUUUAACAAAUUUGACUUCAUAUUUGGAAUGGAUGAAAGCAAUAUGCGAAGUCUGAAUAAAGAAAAACCGCCUGGCUCGAAGGCCCAGUUAAUUUUACUAGGGUCGUUUGAUCCUCAAGGAGAGCGUAUAAUUCGAGAUCCCUAUUAUGAUGACAAUGAUGCUGGAUUCGAGAAGUGCUAUCAGCAGUGUAUUCGCAGUUGUAGGGCAUUCUUAGAGGGUCAACCAUGA